ACAAGCAAACUUAAGGUCGUUUUUCAGGAAUAAUUGCCUAAUCUGAGUUUAAUUUUCUGCCACUUGUUUUACUGAUUUCAUAGGGUCACCUCUUUAGGCCUCCAAAAUUCACAUUAAUUGAGAUCUUUUAAGCCAUUGUGUCUUCCCCAAACUGUCCUUUGUUCAAAAUCAAACCCUUAAGAGAACCACCAGGGAAAGCUUUUUAAAGACUUCCUCUUUCCUGUGAGUUAUUAGGGAUGACAAACAUAAAAAAUAAAAACAAAGGGUUGGUUUGCCUUUGCUCUUAGAAGAAAGAGAGCUCAGUCCAUCCCAGGUCCCAGGACUCCUCAGGCUCAGCCCAAUCCCCAGCCCCCUCACCCAGACAUCAGCCCCUCCGGACCCCAGGGGCAAGCACCAGCUAAUUCCAAGUGGGGGGCGGAUCCAGUUCCAGUAGAGGGUGGGGUCUACUCUUCCGUGCAGCAUACAAUGAGGCUUGGAGGGACAUCUGCGCCAGGACACUCCGAAAAAUGCUAGAACGGAGAGAGACUGGGGGGAGAAGCAAAGCGGUGCUCAUUCGUAUCUCCCAGCCAUUUUUCUUGGCAGCCUUCAACAGAAAGAGGAAACGAGCUCUGCAAACUCAGUUUCGAUUUCUCAAAUCUUACGUGGCAGGGAGGACCCAGCAGGAGAGCUGGCUCCUGAGCAUUAAAAAAGCUGGACAGAAGCAGAGACUUAUUCAAAGGGGCAACCUGGUCUUGCAGAAAUGGAACCCUCUCAGGACCUGUAUGAGACCCCUGCAGACAGACUUGACGCCUUUGUAGAACAGAGCCUGCAGCCCCAGAGGGACUGGAAGGAGGAAGUGCAGGAUGCCUGGGAGAGAAGCCAGCGGUUCUUGAGGGAUCUGUGCUUCCAUGAUGAGCUGGUUGGAGACCAAGAAAUCAGAGUGCUGAAGGUGGUGAAGGGCGGCUCCUCUGGGAAGGGGACAACGUUGAACCACAGCUCUGAUGUAGAUUUGAUCCUGUUCCUGAGCUGCUUCUCCAGCUUCCUAGACCAGACACUGCUCCGUGGGUCCAUCAUAAACAUCAUCGAGGAGAAGCUGGAAUACUGUAGCAGGAGCCUGGCCUACAACAUCACCUUGCCCCAGCACAGAGAGAGAAGCUGGUCUGCCCGCUCCCUGUCCUUCCUGGUCCAGGCCAAGAAGAGCAGUGAUGUCAUUAAAGUGGACGUGCUCCCAGCUUUCGAUGCUCUGGGAAAUUUUUCCCUGGACUCUAAACCAUGCCCGGAAAUCUAUGAAAACUUAAUAACCAGUGGCGGCCGCCCUGGGGAGUUCUCACCAAGCUUCACGGAGUUGCAGAGGGACUUUGUGAAAAGGCGCCCUAUUAAGCUCAAGAACCUCUUGCGGCUGGUGAAGCACUGGUACCUGCAGUACUUGAAACAUAAAUAUCAAAAGGUAGCAUUGCCCUCCAAAUAUGCGCUGGAGCUACUGACCAUCUACACCUGGGAAAUGGGUACAGAUGAAAGUGAGAACUUCAACCUGGAUGAAGGGUUUGUAGCUGUGAUGGAACUCCUCAGAGAUUAUGACAGGAUCUGUAUAUAUUGGACCAAGUACUAUGAUUUCCGAAAUGAGAUUGUCAGAAACUAUAUCAAACAACAAUUGAGGGGACCCAGGCCCAUUAUCCUGGACCCAGCUGAUCCCACCAACAACCUGGGAAUGGGAAAGUGUUGGGACCUGGUGGCCAAAGAAGCUGCUUACUGCCUGGGGCAGGCCUGCUGCAGCACUGAAGAUUCCUGCGAUGACUGGCACGUACAGCCAGCAAGGGAUGUCCAGGUGACGGUGAAGCAGGCAGGAAAUGGGGUCUGCAAACUCUCAGUGGACCCCUACAGUCCCAUCUGGAAAAUGAAACCGGAGAUCAAGAGGACUUUUGGUCUCACCGGGAAUCAGCGUCUCUCCUUCCAGGAGCCGGGAGGGAAGCGGCAACUACUCAGCAGCCAGCGGACCCUGGCAGAUUAUGGGAUCUUCUCUAAGGUGAAUGUCCGGAUGCUGGAGACCUUCCCUGGUGAGAUCCAGGUCUUUGUGGAGAACUCCAGUGGCCAUAGCAAGCCUUAUGCCAUCUACCCUGAUGACUCUGUCAGAGAGUUGAAAGAAAAGAUUGAGGAGGCUGGAGGACCUUUCGUGGAAGAUCAGAUACUAAAGUUUCAGGGUCGGAAACUGAGGAAUCAUUGCAGCCUCUCAGACCUACAUAUUGAGGACUGUGACACCAUCAUGCUCAUUAGAAAAUGAGUGCCCACGAGUGCCCAUGGUCAGGCUGCUCGUGAAGUAGACGUCCAUGGCGGGGUCUCCGCAUCCCACUCCUUUCUACCCAGACUACUGUCCUCAUCUGAAGCAUAAAUGUGAAUGUACCCCUCACCUGUUUCAAAUCCUCCAAAGACUCUUAUUACCCACAGAAUAAAGUUCCAGUUCCUUUGCUUGGCAUUUAGGGUCCUUGAUAAUUUAGCCCUUGCUUACCCCCUUAAUCUUUCCUCAGCACUCUCAGAGCACACUGGAUGUGCCCAAACACAUGUAAUCCCAGAACACUGAAUGCCGAGUCAUAACUCCAUGACUUUGAGUCAGUUUUCCUUUCCCCCAUGUUUUCAUCUUCCGACACUCAAACCUCUGCGUUUCUCAAAGUAUGGACUCCAGACCAGCAGAAUUAGCAUCAGUUGGGAAUUUCUUAGAAAUCAAAAUUCUCAGCAACUAUUGCAGACUUACCUGUGUCUGGUUCUCUGGUGGUGGGACUCAGCAAUUUGUGUCUUAACAAGCCUUCCCAGUAAUUCUGAUGCCUGCUCAAGUCUGAGAAUCACUGCUAUAAGCCCCAUACAGCUGACCCAGUCAUCUUCUAACCUUACCCUGCCCUACACCCAGGUCAGACUUCUGUGAAAGCACUUGGGACCCUCAUUGUGUUCCUUUGUUGAAUCAUCAAUCCCCCUCGUCUAGUGAGAUGAGACAAGAACUGAGUCUUACUCCUAUGUCCCCAUUGUCAGGAAUGGUGUCUAUCUGGCACAAAUGCUUAACAUGUGCUUAUUGUAUAAACAAAUAAACUAAAGAAUGACUUUGAA